AUGGAGAAUUUCGUGAAGACGUAUAUGUGGUUGUCGGCCGCCGCGCUGUUAGCGGCCUGCGCCAGCGCUGGCGUGGGCAGCAAGAGACCGUUCACACCGACCGACUCCAUACUGGAUAUCAUCGACACCGAACAAGUUGAGAAAAUAUUAGAAGCGAGGCGACGCAACGAGGAGGCUACCGCCGCGUCCACCUACGUACAGCACAACGAGCUCGGCGAGGGCAGCGCGGAGGCCGUGCUCGUCGCCGCGCCCGACGAUGACACCACGGUGGUCCCGCCAGGCGUCGACUUUCGAAAAAUACUCAAGUCAUCGAAAAACGCUCUGUUCGUCACCAAGAAGGAGUACCUCAAGGAAGACUGGUGUAAAACGGAACCGCUGGUGCAAAAGAUUCGCGAACCUGGAUGUUUGCCGACGACAGUGAUCAAUAAAUUUUGUUACGGCCAGUGCAACUCGUUCUACAUCCCGAAGGGUCCACGGCGGAGGGACGGAAACGAAGAGCGACCCCCGCCGGCCUUCAAGUCCUGCUCCUUCUGCAAGCCGAAGAAGUUCACCUGGAUGACGGUGACGUUACGCUGCCCAGGCCAGAACCCGCCCUUCAAGCGCAAACGGCUGCAGAAGGUGAAACAGUGCAAGUGUCUACCGGUGGGGGUGAACUGAUGUCGGCGGUGCGACGGGCCCUGACACCACGAAGGCGGCUGGACCGUCACAUCGAGCGACAAGGCUCGCCUAGACGUUCAUAGAGAGCACGACUGUCGGAGACGCAAGUGCUAACGAACAAAACGAAGAUCGGUUUGCAUUGCAACACCGACAAUGUUACCUACUAUGCUAAGUGAACGAUUGCGUAUCGCGUACCGAGUGGACAGUAAAGAGAUUCAGAUCGCGCUCGCAUACGUCAAUCGAGAUGACGUCAUGUGAUGCGUGAAUUGCAAUAAAAAAACGUUAAUGUAGAGCGACUCCGAGCGGUGGCCGCUGGAGAGCUUUAAUUGUCUUGAACGAUAUCGAUACGUUGUACUCAGUUGUCGGAAAAAACGAGUCGUAGACAAGUGACCUUGCGAUCGAUUAACAGUUCCGAUUAUUCGGUUCGCACGUAACAGUGGAAAAGUAUGAUCUAAUUGUGUACUAAUCAGAUUCAAGUGUUUGUUUAUUCUGAGAUUGUAAUAAAACAAAUCACGUUGCUACAGGACAUGUGUGAUAUUAGAAGAGUUUACUUACACUUAAUUCGAGGUAAUUAUUCAUCGCCGUUGUGUAUAUUAUUAUUUAUUUUAAUUAUAUCAGUAGUAUAGAAAAAAUACGCUUAUAUAAUACAUAAUGAUUAUGUUAAGUAUGCAUUAAUAUAGCAAACAUUUAUUAAUAACAUAUGAAUGAUUAUUUGGAUUUUGUGAUCUCCAACUGCUCUCAAGGAUAUUCAUUUAAUUACAUCAGGUUUAGGAAUUUAUUUAACU